GCACUCAGUGUACACUCGCGCGCCACGGGUGUUGUGCGCACGCACCUUUCGCUGCAUUGUUGUCGAGUGAACUCGUCCACUCCUCCGCUGUGAUCGCAGUGUCGAUACUUUCCGCUGUUUCGAUUGCCGCGCGCAAUUUCAAACAGCGAGUGGCCUUUCAAAAAUCACGAGAAUGUGUAAUCUGUGAGAAAAUAUAAACAAAAUUGACGUGAUGCGCUGAUAAGUUUUCGCGUAGCUGGUGAUAUAGACGGAGCGGCGCCGUCGUCGGACAGAUCCCAUGUUCGCUAGUCCCGCAUUAGUGUCCAAGGAGAUAACGUGAUGUGACAGCGAAACAAAAUAAAGUGCCUGUGGAAUAGUUUUGUGAAAGUGUGCAGCGAGCGUGAGUGAGACGGCUGCCGGUGAAGCCGGCGCCCCGUGAAAAUGUUAAACUGCACUGAUCUGGAAUGUAUCCUCCACCACCACCACUACUACGCUCACCUGCACCACAUCCACCACCUGCAGAAUGCGCAGGACUCAGCUAUGUCGGCCGAUGGGUCGACGACAGAUAUUCAUGGAUUACUCAAUGAUACUGAAUCAGAUCUCACCGGCCUUUCACACGUUGAUGCACCAAAUGAUGCGAAUUACAUGAUCGGAGGGGUGGUGAUUGCCAUGGCUCUUGUGGGCCUUAUUAUUGUGUUGCUGGCCCUCACAAUAAACAAGCUGCGCAAGAGGGAGGAGCACUCCGCUUCGGUCCACCCUGCCGAAGCUGUGCUCCAGGCCUCUGCGACGCAACCACCGCCCGAGCCUCUUGCCUUUCGUCAGCAGCCUUUGUGGCAGUUCCCACCGCCACUGCCUCCGCCUUACGUCUAUCCUCACGAUCAGGACAAUUUGAUGCAGCCGAUUGGCAACGAGCGUGCAAGCUUUCGUAGUCUCCGCAAGAACAUUGGUGGUCGUUGGAAAAGAUUAGUUAAGAAGAAGCCUGAACAGGAAGUGUACACGAUACCACCUGAGCUCAAGCCUCAACUUAAACAGAUAUACGUUUAUUAACGACAUAAGAUAUAACAGCACAGAAGCCGGAAUCUUCGUCGCUGGUUAAGCGAUAGACCUCAACCGAGCUCUAUGGAUAUUGCUCAUAUCAACAAGUCAUAUCCUCCUCAAAUAUCAAAAUUUUAAUGGUGUUAUAUGCACGCUUUUAAUCUCUAAACAUAUCUUUUUGACCAAUUAUUAUUUCUUGACCAAUGUUAGUCUUCUUCAUUCAGCACUUUAUUGUGAUGUAAAGUCUAGAUGUAUUAAUAAGUAUUAGUGCAUUGAAGUCUGCGAGUGUUCUUUCGUUGAUAAGCGUAGAAGUAUGUGUGAUAGUCAAAUGAUUUAGUUUAAUUAUUAAUUUAAAGUUAUGAAUGAACUUAGGAAAAUGCGGUCGCGCAUACUAGUGACGAGAAUCCAAUAAUUAUUUUAGAAAACCAUGAUGCCUUGUAAAUGUAAUUUUUGACUAUUUAGGGCAUUUUGUAGUUCAUUAAAUUAUUUUAGACAUGAUCGUAUUCAUGGGCGAAAAUCGAUCAAAUAGUUUUUGAAAUUAUAUACACACGUAUGCUUCUAUAUCAGUGGGAGUGAUCAACUAUGUUAUAUAAAUGUUUGAUUCAGUAUUUUAUAUUAUUGUUUCUUAUACUGCGCGAGUCUGAAAAUGGUACAAUUUUAAUAUGUAACGUGACUCAUUGAAUAAAAAAAAAAACUACUUUUCUGAUAUUAUUGAAAUACAAUGUCUAUGUAAUCGCAGUUGUUUUUACUAAGAAUUAUAAAUGACCUAGUUAUAAAGUUGCGUUACUUGCAUGCUUUGGUAGUGUAAUUUUCAGAUUUUCGCCGGGUCUUUGCCUACUGUGAUAUUUAAAGAUGAGGAAAUAAAAUAUGUUUGAUGAUGGUUUUGAGUUUUGUAUUUACAUAGCCUUGUCCAUAUCAGUGGUAAGGACCAUCGGACGAGAAUUGUGAUAGCUCAUAUUGAGCCUGAUAUUCAAAUGAUUAAUUUUAGGUACAAUAAACUCAGCCAUGAUUAUAUUAAUUUAAUUUCAUUUAACUUUACCUACUGUUGCAUCAAUAAAACGUUAAAAUGAUGUAUAUUAACAACUUGCAAUUAUUUUUGUUUAGAUGCUAUAAUCUACUGACAUAGUGAGAAAUAAAUUCCAUCAUUUAAAUGUAA